CUCUCUUCUUUUGUUGUCAUAUCAGGCAUCGGCGUAUUUCGUAGGCCACCCGUCUCUUGAUUCCCUAAACACAGUCUAUACAACUCUUAUGUGACAGUGUCAUUCCUCCUCAUGGAAUAUUCUACGAGUUUAGGUGGCGGCGGGGAGACGCAGCUCGGAGGCCAAGGAUUAUCUUGUCGCUCCUCAAUGGAACAAGCGUUAGCCCUUACAAAGGCUAAGAUGGAACAUGACAAUGGGAGUCACUUUGCUCAGCGUAUUGGCACCAAUGCAACAGGCCAUCAGCAUCACUAUAGCGGUCAAGGGCACCAAAUUAUCAAUGGCAGUGGUAACACCAUUAAUUUUAACGGAACACUUCCUAAUCUUGAUGACGCUCGAGAGGAACUACUACGGGCCCUUUACACAUCACCAUAUCUACAGGGAAAAGAUCGAAAUCCUGACCGUGUCCCAGGAACCUGCGAAUGGUUUAUAAAUCAUGACGUGUUUCGCCACUGGCGAGACAGUACGUCUUCUUCUAUACUCUGGGUAUCCGCAAACCCCGGAUGUGGAAAGUCAGUCCUGGCUAAAUGUCUGGUCGACGAACUCGAAGCCACAGACAAAAGAACCACCUGCUACUUUUUCUUCAAGGAUGACUUUGAGGAUCAGAGGAGCGCGAAAGGUGCCCUUAGCUGCAUAUUGCAUCAACUCUUUAGGCAAAACAAGAAUCUCCUAUCUACCGAGAUUAUAAAGCGGUUCAGGUCUUACAAAGCGCCUCCUGCCAAUUCAUACUAUGAGCUUUGGGAGCUCUGGGAUAUCUUAACUAUGGUCACACGGGAAGAAAACGCGGGCGAGAUUGUCUGCAUCCUCGAUGCAUUCGAUGAAUGUGUAGAUCAAGAACGGCAAGAUCUUGCAAAAAUCCUGCGCGAAUUCCAUGGCACAAGCGGUGACACCAAAAAGAAUGUCAAUUUAAAGUUUCUGAUAACUAGUCGUCCCUAUGACGCAAUCCGACGGGACUUGAUCACACCUUUCGACAGACAGGAAUGCCCUGUGAUCCACUUGAAUGGCGAUGCCGAAGGAGAAAAGAUUGCCGCAGAAAUCAGCCUCUAUAUAAAGGACAGCGUCACUCGCAUUCAAUCAAAUCUUCGCCUUACACCAGAGGAGGAGAAGGUCCUUUUACAAGAGCUUGAAGCUAUCCCUAAUCGGACAUAUUUAUGGGUUCAUCUCACACUGAAAUGGAUUGAAACUGAGAUAAGAAACAAGAUCAACAAAGCUGAGAUUCGCGACGCCAUUUCUUUUCUUCCACGAACAGUUGAUGAGGCUUACGACAAGAUUCUAGCUAAGAGCACAAAUGUGAAAGAAACUAGAAAGCUGUUACACAUUGUAGUAGCGGCUGAACGGCCUUUGACACUCGCUGAGAUGGACCUGGCACUGUUAAUUCGGGAGGACCAUAAGUCCUACGAAGAUCUAGCUCUGAGACCUCCCGAUCGCGUGAGCAAGUACAUCAGAGACCUCUGCGGCCUCUUCAUAAACAUCACAGGUGGGAAAAUUUAUCUCCUACAUCAGACAGCGAAAGAAUUUUUAGUCCACCGGGACAGUCUUAUGGGCCAGGACCUUCGCAAUAAUCUCACCUGGAAAUUCUCAUUUGUACCCGUUAGGUCUCAUCGCAUCAUGUGCGAAAUUUGCAUUUGGCAUCUACUUUUCAAUAUAAUCAAACCUCGGUCAUCCGCUGAAAUAUUAACUGACUACGUCCGCGAUAAUUUAUUUCUGGACUAUUCCGCAAAAAAUUGGGCAAGACAUUUCCGAGAGUCUGAUAUCGAACAAAACGAAAUCCUGGAGCAGCUACACCAACUUUGUAAUGUCACACCAGACCGUUGUCCAACUUGGUUCGAGAUUUAUUGGACAAAUAUACACAGAGACGCCCCCUUAAAGUUUACGAAACUUAUGAUCGCCUCCAACUUUGGACUUGAGAUGAUUGUAAGGCAGCUGAUCGAAUCACCUGAUACUGCAAUGGAUUCUGUCGACGAAUCACAUCAACUUCAUGCAAAAGAAGCUCUCAAAAAGGCAACGCGUCAAACAUUCUCAAAAGGUGCAAAUAUCAAUAUAAAAGACAGAUAUGGCCGAACAGCAUUGUUCUAUGCUGCAUGGAAUGGACAUAUGACUAUCGUCCAGAUAUUAGUCAAAGCAGGUGCCCGCGUGGACGUGGUGGAUAGUAUUGGAGGAACGCCAAUAUCCUACGCUCUUUGCUAUGGACAUGAGGAAAUAACAAACGAGUUAAUGAGAGGAGCACAGCCUGAUUCGGUAGAUAAGAUUCGCCGCGAAUUAAUUUUGUCUGCCAUGAAGCACGACCACGACCCCGUUGUCAAGCGACUGCUCGAUAGCGGUGCUGAUCCAGAAGCGAUAGAUGACGAAGGCGUCAGUCUUAUCGUUUUGGCCACCAAACAGGGGAAAACAAACCAAUAUUAUCGAGUUACUGAUAGAGAGGGGAGCUGAUAUCAAUAAGGGCGGUCGUUAUGGCAGAACCCCUUUAAUGUCGGCCGUCGAAAAGGGAAAAACCAAUAUUAUCGAGUUACUGGUAGAGAGAGGAGCUGAUAUCAACAACAGCGAUCGUUAUGGCAGA